AUGUCAUCAGCAGCCACAGCUGCAGCCAUUACAAAAUGGGAGAAAUUCUUUCUGGAGGCCGGCUGUCCAAGGCGUGUUGCCAUGCAGUAUUCAAAGCUGUUUGUGGAACAACGUAUACGUGAAGCAAUUUUGCAAGAUAUCGAUAAGACGACACUCGUCGAGCUUGGUAUUACGACGAUUGGUGAUCAGUUGGCUAUAUUAAGACACAUACGUCGUCGAGGCACAGCAACAGAACAACAACAGCAACAACAACCACAAACGAUACAAUCAUCACAGAAACGGCGUUCGAAACAAGACGAUCGAAUACAUGAUAACGAUGAUGAUGAUGAUAUGGAAACGGAUGACGAAAUAGCCGUUAGAGGGCAAGACAAGCGAUUAGCCACAUUCGAAGUGAAAUUUUUUUUGGUUGGUCAUGAGACCGACCGGCAAAAGAAAAGAAUCCGUCAUCUGAAUGAUGGGUUUUGUGUUCGUUUUGUUUUGCAAAAGAAACGAAACAAACUAAUCGCAGCCUCAGUGACACCGUCCUCGUCAUGUUCAUCUUCAUCAUCAUCAUCACGAGGCGUAGUGAAGGCACCGGAUCGUGACGAUAUCUAUCACAUACAUAUGCCAGCCGGUAUAACAUCGAAGACCAGGGCUAUUAUGGCCAAAAAUGAUCGAUUGAGAUCAGUGGGUUUAUUGAAACGUGGUCUAUCGGGUGUGCGUGUAUCGGGUCAAGAAGUGCAACGAUAUGUGCAUCAUCAAAACAGCAAUAAAAUUGUGAUCGCUUCACCAGAGGUUUCUUCAACAACCGUGCUGAGUGGCAAAAGUAGUAGCCAGUUGAAUGAGCGAAGGCGACGGAUUGGUGGUGCAGCUGGGGCAGCAGCAGAGGAUUAUGUGGUUUACGAGCGACUUGGCGUGGGCGGAUUGAAAUCCGAUGCGUUGCCACAAGCACGUCGUCUGAUGUUGAGGCGGCGUGGUGAUAAUGUAAAUGAAUUGCGAGCAAGAGCACGAGUACGAAUGCAAACAUCAUCAGUUGAAAAGCAAGGAAACGACGAUGGAUUUGUUGCGAACGUUGCACCGCCAAAUCCUGUAGCAACGAACAAUCCUUCAAAUGAGCCAGUGUUUCGAAAAAAAGUGACGAGUGCAGAUUUGAGAAGUAACUCGAACGGCGGCGUUAUAAGCAGCAGACAGCAGCAGAUGUUGUUAAGCGGUCGUUUGAGUGGUGCAAUUCAAAAGAAGCAAGCCAGAGUGCCGGUGACAACUCGUCUGUCACGUGCCGCCAUUAAUAUGCAUGCUGCUGCUAGUGCCAGAGCUGCAGUGGAUAUCGGCGAUGUGCUGCAAAAACGUUUUUUGAGAACACAACAACAACGAAAACACUUUAAAAGAUCCGUAUUCGAUCGACUUGGUUGA